GCCAUUGAACCGUCAAGUGCUGAACGAACGAACGACAGCGAAUCUCAGAGGCCCCGCCUUUAUAUCCGUAAUUUUAUUAUUUCAGUUGGUUUUCGCGAUGAUAUUAUUAUAAAAACGGACAUUUAGAUACACAAGUUCUACGAAGUAGGAGACCUGUAAAGAUGGGUACAACAAAAGUACUGUGUUUCAUCGCGUUAAUAUCAUGUGCGGCGGCGUUAUUGACGUCACCGCCGAAGAUCGUGAAGCAGCCGACACAAGAGGAGAUUCUGUUCCAAGUCGCGCAGCCCGGCGAGGUGGACAAACCGUUCAUCAUUGAAUGCGAGGCUGAAGGCGAACCGGCUCCUAAGUACCGAUGGAUCAAAAACGGCAAACCCUUCGAGUACACGAGUUACGACAAUCGUAUCUCGCAGCAAUCAGGCCGUGGUACUCUCGUGGUCAGCCAGCCGCGUGACGAGGACCUCGGACAGUACCAGUGCUUCGCGUACAACGAGUGGGGAACUGCCGCGUCCAACAGCGUCUUCGUACGACGAGCUGAACUCAACUCCUUCAAGGAGACAGACAGCCAACAAGUCGUCAGGGCAGAGGAAGGCAAACCUUUCAAACUCACCUGCGAACCACCUGAUGGUCACCCCAAACCCAAAGUGUACUGGAUGUUGCAAGGCGACCAGGGUCAACUGAAAACCAUCAACAACUCGCGCAUGACCCUGGAUCCUGAAGGAAACCUCUGGUUCUCUAACGUGACUCGAUAUGACGCCAGUGUUGACUUCGCUUACAUUUGUACAGCUAAUUCCAUCUUCAGGAAUGAGUACAAGUUUGGUAACAAGAUUUAUUUGGAAGUCACGCAGACUGGUAUUGCGCCCACCUUGAACAGGCAUGAGCCGGUGCGCCAGUACACUACUAGGAAGGUCGAGAAGGCUUUGAAGGGGAAGAAGGUGGAACUGUACUGUAUCUACGGUGGAACGCCUUUACCGCAAAUCGUUUGGAAGAAAAACGGACGAAGCAUUGUCUCUUCCCAAGGCAUUACUCAGGAUAAUUACGGCAAGACGCUGGUGAUCAGGUAUCCGACGUAUGAAGACCAGGGCACGUAUACCUGUGAGGUCAGCAACGGUGUUGGAACUGCUCAGUCUUACUCCAUACUACUGAAUAUUGAAGCCGCACCAUUCUUCACGGUAGAGCCGGAAUUCCAGAACCUCGCAGAAGGCGAAACAGCUGAGAUCAAGUGUGAGGCUGGUGGUACUCCAGUGCCGAAGAUAACCUGGAUCCAUAACGGAAAGCCCAUAGAACAGGCAGAACCGAACUCAAGGAGACAAGUGAAUAGCAACAGCAUUGUCAUCACCAACCUUGUGAAGAAAGAUACUGGAAACUACGGUUGUAACGCCACCAGCUCCAUCGGAUACGUGUACAAAGAUGUCUACAUCAACGUCCAAUCAAUCCCGCCAGAAAUCAAGGAAGGCCCAGAGAAUCUCACCAGGGUAGACGGUUCCGAGGCUGUGCUUAAAUGCAGAGUGUUCGGAGCACCGAAACCCAUCGUCAAAUGGAUGAAGGAUGACGUUGACGUCACUGGUGGAAAGUACAACAUAACUGCUGACGGCGACUUGGUGAUCCGCGACGUGUCCUACACGGACGUGGGAACGUACCAGUGUUAUGCGAAGAACAAGUUCGGAGAGAAGUCCGCUUUCGGCUCCCUCGACGUUAAAAAACGCACAGUAAUCACGGACAAGCCAGAACAUUACGAAGUAGCAGCUGGCUCCUCCGCCACGUUCCGCUGUAACGCUAACGCAGACGACUCCCUCAAGCUGCAGAUCAUUUGGCUCAACGAUGGACAGCAGAUAGACUUUGAGAACCAGCCCCGGUUCCGCAUGACUAAUGACUAUUCUCUCCUUAUCUCUGACACCACUGAGCUGGACUCUGGAGAGUACACCUGUAUUGCCAGGACUGCUAUUGAUGAGGCCAGGGCGCAAGCUACUCUUACAGUGCAAGACAAGCCGAACCCUCCCGCGUUAGACGGAAUUGAAUGCCACGAGAAGACGGCCACCCUCCGCUGGCACUCCAUGGGAGACAACCGCGCCCCCAUCCUGCGCUACUCCAUACAGUACAACACUACCUUCACACCCGACACGUGGGACGUGGCCAGUGAUAAUGUACCCGCUAUUGACACGUCAUGGACCGUCCAGCUCAGUCCUUGGGCUAAUUACACUUUCAGAGUGAGCGCGUGGAACAAGAUCGGACCGUCAACUCCAUCGUCACAUUCCGAUGUCUGUACGACACAGCCAGACGUUCCCUACAAGAACCCUGACAAUGUAGUGGGAGAAGGCUCAGACCCCACAAAUAUGGUCAUCUCUUGGUCGAAAAUGCCCCAAAUCGAACACAAUGGCCCCGGCUUCUACUACCUGGUGACUUGGCGUCGCAACAUCACAGGCCAGCCCUGGGUCGAGGAACAAGUCCGCGACUGGCAACAAACUGAGUACACCGUACUCAAUACACCCACCUUCGUACCCUACAAAGUCAAGGUUACCGCAGUGAACUACAAAGGUACAUCCAACGUGACGCCCGUGGAAGUCAUCGGCUGGUCCGGUGAAGACAUGCCAAUGCUGGCUCCACAGAACUUUACACUCGUACAGGUCACCACCGGCACUACUGCACUACUCAACUGGAACCCAGUGCCACCAGAGUCCGUACGAGGACACUUCAAGGGUUACAAAAUCCAAACCUGGGUCGAUGGCGAAGAGGACAGGCUCAAAGAAAUCCUAGUCAAGGCUGACGCUUCCAGUGCUCUAGUCAGUAAAUUCAAGCCAUACAAAAAGAACAAUGCUCGAAUUUUGGUAUACAAUGGCCGUUUCAAUGGUCCUGCCAGUGAUACUCUCAGCUUCCAUACUCCUGAAGGCAAACCUGGUACCGUCAAAUCAUUCGAAGUGUACCCCAUCGGCUCCUCAGCUAUGCUCCUGAAAUGGGACAAACCUGUCGACGAGAACGGAGUCCUCACUGGCUACAAGAUCUACUACCAGAAGGUCACUGGAACUUCUCUGGGACCCAUUCAAGAAAGGAAGAAGGAGAUCGAUCCUAAAUUCGACCGCGCAAAGUUGGCUGGUUUGGAACCCAACACGAAAUACCGCAUUGAGAUCAGAGCUAAGACUAAGGCCGGUGAAGGAGACAAGUACUAUGUGGAGCAAUCUACUAAGUCAGUGGUGACUGCUAAGCCUGAUAUCCCAGUGUUUGAGACGAGUACAUUGCCGGCUAAGGAGGGAACUGCUCAUAUCUUGGUCCGUUGGAUCCCGUCAUUGGAUGGUCACGCAGGUACUCAUUUCGUCGCAUGGUACAAAUUGAAGGGUCACCCUGACUGGUCGAAGACUAACGAGGUGACAGACGAUGACUACGUGAUCCUGACGGGGCUGGAGCCGGGACAGGUGUACGAGGUCAAACUCACGGCACAUGACGGAGAAUACUUCAGUUCUAGUGAGAUUAAGGAUGUUGACACUACGAUUGACGGCCCGAUCGUGGAGCCGGGCGAGGACAAGACGGCGUCGGCGGGCUGGUUCAUCGGCGUCAUGUUGGCGCUGGCCUUCCUGCUGCUGGUGCUGGUGCUGGUGUGCGUGGCGCGCCGCAACCGAGGCGGCAAGUACGACGUGCACGACCGCGAGCUGGCGCACGGCCGCCGCGACUACGCCGACGGCGGCUUCCACGAGUACACGCACCCUCUUGACAACAAGUCUCGUCAUUCGAUGAGUAGCGGCACGAAGCCUGGCCCUGAGAGCGACACCGACUCAAUGGCUGAGUACGGAGAAGGCGAAACCGGUCGGUUCACGGAGGACGGGUCGUUCAUCGGGCAGUACGUGCCGGGCGCGCGCGUGCUGCCGCCGCCGCCCGCGCCGCAGCCGCCCACCUACGUCUAACUGCGCCCGGCCUACAUCCACGCCAGGCCAGAGGGAAAUAAUAUCGCGUCACCAGUCGACACUUUCAUUUCAAAUUCGUAAUAUUAUGUUGUAUUUUUACUUUAUACAUUUCACGAUGUCAUUCUAUGACUCGAUAGAAAUUCGAUUUUUUCGACAGCUACGACCAUCGAUACUAUAAGCUUCAUAGCUAUUUGUAAGACGCGGAGAUGUUCUGACACUGCACUGCCAUUUAUAAGUGUUGGAUGGUCGAACAUAGAUGUAACUAGCGCGAUGUAAAGGUAGCGGUCAAUUAUUGAACAUCCUGUAGAGCGGGAAAAACAUCUGUGCCUUUAUCCAAUUUUGAAAGUGAUAUCGAGAACUUCGGUAAAGAUUUCCCAGUGUGACGUCGCGCGAGUUGACAUCUAUUUGUCCAAAGCUUUACAUCGGUGAACAGAACGCAGCUAAUCACAGUGACUGUAUUUAGUUGAAAUUUAUUAGGGUGUAAGCAUUAGUGUAAGCUGAUAACGAAGCCUACUAUUCUGUUUCGGCCGGCUGUUAGUGUCCAUACACAAGGCUAUACGGUUUUAUUGACUAUGCUCCCUGAGAUCGUAGAGAUCGUCUCUAAGUCUGUUGAACAUUUCGUUAUUUAUGAGACUGAUUUUAAGUAAUGAGAAAUAGUCAAACUGGCACUGGCGUUCAGGUUUUGGGAGCAAUCGCAAACAUUCAUCGUUUUGUAGAACCUAAUAAACACUUCCUCAAAAUCUCGUUAAUUCCCAGUCACCGUCACUGAUUACAAAUGGAUAUUGCAAGAGAACAGAAUACCCGAUGUUUAUGGAGGUACAACGGUAGCCGCAUUCCAAAACCUGAACGUCGAGAUACUCGGCUUGUGUUAGUAAGUAGGCGAUGUUACGGCUCGAUAUCAAUUACGUGUAGUUAACCAUACGGUAGCUGGUCAAGACUUGAGAUAAGAAAAGCUAUUUUUGUCACAGAAAAUAAGGUAAUUAGCUCUGGACUCCGGUGGUCAUGUGCGCUCGUUGCGGACUUAACUGGCUUCGUAGUAUUGGCGUAGGGAAUUAUUGUAAGUAAGGAUAUUAGGUUUGGUCUACAAACAUCGGGUCGAAGUAUACGCGAUGUACAGCCAAUGGUCAGUUCGCAAGCCAAAUUCGUAUAUCGAUUAUUUUUAUAUCAAAUGCAUAUCUUUCUAAUCGCUCUUUGUAACACGCUAUGGACCAUAUAGAUUUUUAUUUUACGAAUCGAACAUAUGACUGUUAUAAAAUUCAGUAUAUCUUCGUCAUUCUAAAAUGUACGUACAUUUAAGCGUUGACCAAGCUUGUUCAAUUAAUUGAUGUCGUUACCCAUUACCGAGCGACACAAUGUUGCAGCUGUACUUAGGAAAUCUAUUUAAUAUUUUAGUUAAACAUUAAGAACUCUUCUUUGCGUUGUUCUUCUCUAAGACUUAUUAUUCUCUUAUGAAUAAGUGUAGCUGCAAACUUUUAAAACGCGUAGGUAAUGGUAAGGACAUUUGAGUAUCUAAAAAUGUAUAUUUUAUUAAGAAAAAAGAUAUUUUUAUAUAAUUGCGCAGUUUGACCACCGGGGCAUAUUGUGGUGCUUUGCAGAGUUAAAGAGAGGCGUGGUUCGGUGUUGUGAUCUCUGUUAGCGGAGACGUCGCGUCGGUGGUUCCCUGUCCUCCCCCUUCCCCUUUACGUCACUUAAUCCCACCUUUGGUGUCAGUUCACGCAACUAAACGCAUCGUGGUCUUUGAACGAGUAUAUAUUUGCUAGUAGAACGUUAUUCAAGUUGUAACAAAGCUAGUAUUGAAAGAUGGCUUCGGAUGGAGUCCAGUGGAGAAUCGUCAGAGACGUUGUUCUAAUCACUCAUUCAGCUCACCCUACUAAUAUCACUUGUGUAACACAUAUAGAUGUAGAUGGUCAAUAUUAUCAACUUGUAUAAAAGCCGCUUGAAGUGUGCGUGUUGUGUGCUGACAUGUCUGACUGUAACAUAGUAGGCGUAAUGAUAUUCGGAAAGAAUCUCGGUUAUUCGGAGUUACAAAAUCUCAAUUUGUCCCUCAACACUUGGAUGUUUGUCUAACGGCUCCUUGGUACAGCGGUAUCGAUGGAGUCGGUAACGUUUAUUGUAUAGAGUUUUGUCAUUCAGACAUAGUUAUCCGUGACCAUCCACUACGGUACAUCUCUCAAUCUCGAAUGAAUUUAGUACGGGGCGACCCGUCAGUAAAAUGUCUCUCUUACGUAGUAAUAAGUCCUCUUUAUAGGCUUUUUUCGUAUUUGAAUUUUUCAAUAUUUGACUUUAUUGAAGUUUUGCACCGAUCACAUUGAAGUUAUGCCCAAGUUAAUGUUUCUGAUUUUGGACGAGUGCGGCUUCGAGACCACUGCAUGUACUUGCGACCUGUGUUGUAUAACGCCAACAUGUAAGAGAAGGAAUCGUCGGCAGCAGUGGUCUCGCGGCCGCGCGACACUAUCUCAAUUGUAUCGUGUCUAGAUUAAGGCUAGGGAUUCGUGUUAACUAAUGUUAGGUAGCUAACGCGUUCGCUUACUGCAUCUGUACAUGUAUAUUUUAUUGUUUGCCUUAUCUGUACCUAUUGUAUCCGGUUUAUUCGUACACUGGCGUGUCGAGUGCGGCGUGCACUGAGGACCGUCGAUUUAUUUUAUUAUAAUUUUAUUUAUUUGUGUAUACUUAUUUAUCCGCCUGAAAGGUGUCGGGUCUUAAUUGAGUACAUUCCAGACGGUCUAACCAUGUUGAUUUUUCAAAUCGGUUUAUUUACAAGUCUCGUUACCGCGCCGGUCAGAUGUAAUCUGAACAAUGUUUAUAAAACUAGACCGCCGCUGAGACUAGCAACGUAAUUUAUUAAUUAUUUAAAUAUUAGAGCCUCCCAUAUAUUUAUUUCCUCUCGUUAUUAUGUAUAGUUUGACAAGGUAACAUGUUCGAAUGCCAACAUUUUGAUCGUUCUCAUUUAGAGCUUAUACUGUAACGAAUGGUACCUUAUACAUUGCAUAUUUAUAUUUGAUGGCACUGUUAUUGUAACCCCUUUAAGUUAUUUGUUAAGGAGUCUUUAUCAUGUCUAUUGUCUAGUAAGAAUUUAAUAUAUAUCUAUUAAUAUUAAUUGAUUAUAGUAGGAGCCUUGUUCUAUUCGCGUCUGUUUUUGUCGCUUUUUAUACCCGUUAACGAUUGAAAAUUCUUUGUCUUAAAAAUAUCUUGUUACGGUUCAAAAUACAAAUUUUGAUAUUAGAUUGUUAGCCACCGGUAUACGGUGGAUGUUCUCACUGCCUUCCCUACUAAAUUACACUGUGUUCAUAUUGUUUAACACGUACCUAGUAAAGACCUUGCCUUACGUGAAAUUUUUGAAUGAAAAUGUGAUUUUCAUUGUACCACUGUCGAGUUGACAGCACAAUGUCUGCAUUUACUUAGUGUCACAAUAUUACCGUGCAUUGUAACAAUAGUCCCACAUCACUACCGUACAUCGCCGUACCCAGUAGUUGAUGUAGCUGUGAAAUUGUAAUUGUGUACCUUUAUUUGAUCGCAAGUGUAACGAACUUCUGAAACAUUUUGAAGAUAAUCAUAAUUUAUUGAAUUGUAAUAGAAGUAAUGUAGAAGCCGAAUAUAUUGAAAGCAUCCCAGUCCCCAGCUAGCGCAAGAGAAAACUGUGUUCAUAAUAUUCUAUCACUUUAAUACGCACCCUUGUGUCGAUGUCGUUCCCAGUUCUUAAGAACAGAAUUAAUAAGAUCAUGCUUUCAAUAUUUUUGUCUCGAGAACAUAUUUAGUAAUAGCUGGAGUAUUCGCUAAACACGAACUGGUAGAUUGUAAUUGUUGUGAGGUACAUUCAGUGUUAUCUAUAAUGUUGACGAUGCUUAAUUUUACCAUUGUCUUGGAACAAGUGUCGAGAGCUUGUCAGUUUAUUGAAGGCGCCAGACGCCUCACCAUUAUUGUUAUACUACAUACAAAAUGGAAAAAUUUAAGCAUCUCUAACAGUUUAACUAUAUUUGCUAAGCAAGCUUUUUAUCUACAUUGGACUAUUUCGUUGAUUAGAUAAUAGUUUGCAUUUAUUAUAUUUUAAAAAAAUGUUUAAAAUCAUGACAAAAGUGUAGGUAAAGACUUGUGUAAAAUUUUCAGAUCUGACCCGUACGAUUCUGUUCACGAAUUAUCGUAAAUUACAUUUUAGUUCGCAUUAAGUAACUGUAAUUUAUUGUAACUAUGAUGAAUAUUUUUUUAUGUUGCAUAGAAAAUAAAUAUUAAGAAAUUAU